AUGUCAGCCUACACAAGCGUCCCCCGGAAGCUAUGGGAGCAUCCGGACCCCGAAUCCACCGCAAUGGCCCAGUUCAAGCGAAGCCUCGAGAAGGAAAAGGAUGUAAAACUGCCCGACUACAACACACUCUACGAGUGGUCUGUCCAGAACAGAGCUUCUUUCUGGGACUUUUGCUGGAAAUCCUUCCCGAUCAUCCACGAGGGAACCUAUGAGCGGAUUGUUGACGAGUCAGCUCGCAUCGAUAGCAUUCCAGACUGGUUCCCCGGUGUACGUCUCAAUUUCGCCGAGAAUAUCCUCUUCACGACUAGCACGCCUGGUGAAUCGCCUUCGACGAUCACCACUGUUGGCAAAGAAGAUGACAAGAUUGCUGCUACGGAGGUUCGCGAAGGUGCUGUUGAGCCUACGGUUGAUAUUACCUGGCGAGAGCUACGGCAGCGGGUUGGUCGUCUUUCGCAGGCUCUGAAGGCUGCUGGUGUUCAGAAGGGUGAUCGUGUUGCGGCUGUUGCUAGUAAUAGCAUUGAUACGUUGACGGUCUUCCUGGCGACUACUGCUCUUGGGGCUAUCAUCUCCACUGCGUCUACUGAUACAGGAGUCAAAGGUAUCUUGGACCGACUGCUCCAGAUCAAGCCUCGGUGGGUGUUCUUCGACGAUACGACAGUUUACAAUGGGAAGACGGUGGAUCUGCGUCCGAAGAUCAAGCAGGUUGUCGAAGGCCUGGCUACAGUUCAAGAAUUCCAAGGGGUGAUCUCUGUCCCUAGGUUUAGAGACCAACCCGCAGAGAUCAAGGACAUUCCGCGAACUCAAACACUGGCAAUGUUCCUUACAGGCGCAAAAUCCGAUCAACUUGAGUUCGUCCGAGUUCGAUUCCGUGAUCCGUUCCUCAUCGUGUAUUCGUCUGGGACCACUGGAGAACCAAAAUGCAUUGUUCACUCCGUCGGAGGCGUUGUGCUCAAUACGAACAAAGAAGGCCGACUAAACCGAAGCAUGGAUGCGAAUGCAACUACACUACAAUAUACUACCACUGGAUGGAUCAUGUAUAUGUCCUGUGUCUCGGCCCUGAUCUUUGGCGCACGGCCGAUCCUGUACGACGGAAGCCCAUUCUUGCCAGAUGUGACAAUUCUGGUGAAACUGCUCGAGAAGUACAAAGCGACUCACUUCGGCACAUCGCCCCGCUGGAUGCACGAACUCCGAAAGAAUGGAAUCAGUCCACGUAAGAUCGCAGAUAUCAGCAGCCUCAAGGGCGUGACAAGCACCGGAAUGGUGCUUUCCGAGUCUCUAUUUGAAUGGUUCUACGAUGAAGGCUUCCCUGCACAUACUCAAAUUGCAAAUAUUUCCGGUGGUACCGAUCUCGCAGCAUGCUUUGGACUAGAGAAUCCGAUCACCCCUGUUUAUGCGGGUGGGUGCCAAGGACCUAGUCUGGGCAUCCCCAUCGCUGCUUUUGAACAGGUCGAUGAGGGAGUGACUCAGAUUCAGGGUACAGAGGUACCCAAGGGAGAGCCUGGUGAGAUUGUGGCAACUGCUGCAUUCCCAAGCAUGCCUGUUAUGUUCUGGGGGGACGAGGGUGGGAAGAAGUAUUUCAAUGCCUAUUUUGCCCGAUUUGACAAUGUUUGGACGCACGGUGAUUUUAUUGCCUUCAACCCAGCGACAAACCAGGUCCUAUUCUUGGGUCGAUCCGAUGGUGUCUUGAAUCCAUCCGGCGUCCGCUUUGGAUCUGCAGAGAUCUAUAACGUGAUCGACACACAAUUCUCGAAAGAGAUAGUUGACUCUGUCUGCGUUGGUCAGCGGAGACCGAAAGAUUCUGAUGAAUCCGUUGUCCUGUUCUUGCUGAUGCGACCGGGCUUCAAGGCGGAUGAUGCAUUAGUCGGUCGCAUUAAGGAAGCUAUUCGGAAAGCGCUCAGUGCCCGCCAUGUGCCGAAAUUCAUUUUCGAAACGCCUGCUAUUCCGGUCACUGUGAACCUGAAGAAGGUCGAACUUCCUGUGAAGCAGAUUGUUUCUGGCAAGAAGAUCAAGCCGUCCGGGACAUUGCUCAACCCCGAGAGUCUCGAUUUUUAUUAUCAGUUUGCUGAGAUAGAGAAGUUGCUUGACCGUAAAGCCAAACUUUAG